CUGUCGAUGAUCAAUCGGAUACAAAGUUACUUCAAGAGAACACCGUGGCUGCUUUAAUAGAAGUCAACAAGGCAUUAACUCCUCUGAGUAAAGAACCGUCCCGAUCUUCAAUUGAUUCGUUCUUGAAUUGUCUAUCUGAAGUAUCGAAAAAACACUCUUCACUCGCUACAAAGAUAGGUUCCUGCAGCUCACAUAAUCUAGCUUUACAGAAUAUGUAUCGUAAUAUAGCAAACAGAGGUGAGGUUACAAAAGAACGAAUUAAAAAUGCCGCAACCAUUGGCCUCUAUACAUUUCACCAUGUAGAACAGACAAAUCUAUGCGAGGUUGUGCUAACUUAUGACACAACGCAAAAUCAUGACGACACAAAUUCCACACCUCGCGUAACAGCAUCCUACAAUUUAGCAGAUCUCCAUGAUCUUUACGGGCGCGCACUCUUGAUAGGAAAAUCCAGAGCUUCCACCGAUCGAUCGAGUGGAGAAAAUGAUGUUCAAGAUAUUCAUAAAGACAUAAACAUGUUUAUUAUGCAAGUCGACUUGGUACAACAAAUCAUAGAUGUGGCUUCGAAGUUGAUUCAGUUGGGACAUUUUCUUUAUCAGAAGAUGAAGGUUGAGGCACGCGGUGUUUCCGAACUUCAGGAUGUGCUGGAUAAACUAGCACAGGAUCUAAAAACAUGGGAAGACAUAGUCAUUCGUGCGCAAAAUGAACAUUAUUAUUUGACUUUCUUCUCUGCACGUCAUAUCUUGGCUUUUUACAAUUAUUUUAGAACCGAUAAUCUCGAACAGGAUGACAAACUUAAAGAAGUCUGCCAGAAUCUUAUACGAUUCGUUAAUGACGCAGCUCAAUUACCAGAUAAAACCGGAAAAUGGGAUGCCGUGCAAGACGAAGACAAUUUUUUUUCCGUUCUUUGUGAGAUUGGAGCUACAUUAUUCGAUAUAUUUUCCGAUAUCCCGCAGCGAACUCGAUCCAUUCAUGCUCUAAAACCGGUAGUGGCCGAUACCGUUUUAAGCGGAAAAAUAUUUGUGGCUGCUUGUCAUUCUCGUUCUCUGGUUCCAAACGUUAUCUUAUCACUCUUCGCUAAUCACCAGUCUCUUCCUGAACCAUGGCAAAUUCUCAUCUGUCGAAGUACCACCACUGCGGAAGAGAUAUCGCUCUUCAUCAAGCGUUCUUUCAUUGCUGCGGAUAACGAGUAUAAAGAUCAUUUAUUUUGCAUCGCAAAUGUUGAGUUCCUGGAUUUUGAACUACAGUAUAAUCUGGUUCAGACUAUCCGCGAUUUUCAAGAAAAAAAGAAAGAAUAUUUUCUGGCCCUCGUGUGUACUCAAGAAAAGGGUAGGAACCAUCAUAUUCUGGAUCAAUUCGCGGAAAACAUGCACGUAACAAAUGGCCUCGAUACAGAAUCCAUGGAACUUUUGUACAAAGAAAUUUGUCCCAACGUUGAAUGCGUGAUAUCAAAAAUGUCCGGACAAGGAAAAACGGAAUGGAUCAGAGAAUCCAGUUUCCGAGGAGAAAAGGUUCCACGCACCUUGUUGAUUAGUGAUGGUGCCUACUUUGGAACUCUGGUUCGACAAUUGGCUGAUUGCAAUUUAAGUGCUGUUGAAAGCCUACAUCUUGAUGUUACGCUUAUCACACACCCAUAUGAAGUCAACUUCUUUCUAUUUGAAUUGCUGACAUUUAAAGUAGUUUCAGAUGGUUUCGAUAUCGUGCAUCUGCCUGAAACUCUAAUAUUUAUCGAAAUCGCAUCAACGAUAAAACAUUAUCUGCUAGAUUCAUUACCCAUCACCAAAUACCUACGUCGACAGGAUCUUCAAUGGAACAUGGAUAAUCUAAAGGUGUCUCGUCAUGUAAAUAGCCCUGUUCAAAUAGUUUCUCGCUAUCUAGAUCUGUAUUCUCGUGGAAUUAUUGAUGAGACGAAUAUCCGAUUUACGGGAGAUAGCGCGAUUGACGAGGCAUUACCGGCCGAACGUUGUCGACAAUUAUUGCAGCAGUAUUUUUUUGAUGGUCCGAAAGAUGACAUUCAUUCUUACAGAUUCCUGGAGAUUUUCAUGAAUGUACUGGCGGAUCAGUUGGUUCGAUUUUCCGCAAGUUCUUUCUUUCAAAUAGAACAGCUACGUAGCAUGACACAGGAGACAAAUAUUCGCUCAUCUCUUUUGGAUAUAUUGAUCACGUGCUCUAAAGAAUUUGCAACACGAGCGAUUAAUACCAAGAAUAAGCAAGAAGAGAAUGCUCGAGCCAUUAAAGAGGAGGAUGCUCAAGACAUGGACAAUGCCCGACUUGGGGAUAUCACACAAUGGGACGAUUCAAAUCAUCUCAUGGUCGUAUUCUUAUCACAAAUGCCGGAUUCAAUAUGCGCGCUUUACCGAGAGAAGAACAAAGUUCCAAAUAAUGUGAAGAAUCUAUUAAAGAGUCAAAAUGCGGAAUUACAAGAUUAUGAUUCGAUGGAGCCAUCUCUUCUUCUAGAGAGAUUGGAGCAACUCGCCAGACAAAAAAUGCAUAAACUCGAUGGUUUGCCCAAAUACGCGUUAUCAAUCGAAAAUUUGCUCAAGAUGGCGAUGAUAUUAUUAAGAUCACGUGCAAAUAUGCCGGUAGUUUGUUGUGGAGAAGCUGGUUGUGGCAAGGUUCGAAUGAACAAGACCUCUAAAAAUAGAAAGUCUAAAUAUGACACCAAAACUCGUUCCCUAGUGUUGGCCCUCGGUGUGUGCUAUCUUUUCAGGCUUCACGAUCAAUUGCAGCGUAAAAACUACCGGAUGAAAAUGAUUGAAAUCAUAAAAAACCAUCAACCUAACUUCAAAACAUCGCCAAACACUCGAAAUGAUGCUUUUGAAAUUAUAAUUCGAAAUGAACAAGAUGAAUACAUCAAUCAUAUGAAAAAUUAUCCUGACGGGACCGCUUGGAAUGAAGCGCUCUUAGAGAAUAUCCUCGUGAUGAUUGUAUGUAUCCAAACUCGAAUCCCUGUCUUUAUAAUUGGCGCUCCCGGAAGUUCAAAGUCAUUGGCCGUACGAAUCAUCAGUAUGAAUUUGCGCGGAAUAGAUUCCAAGGAUCCUUAUUUUCGAACCUUGCCUCAAGUCUACAUGAUUCCACAUCAAGGUUCAUCAUCGUCAACCUCCGAAGGAAUCGAGAAAGUUUUCCAAUCCGCUCAAAAUUAUCAAGAAACCAGUUCAAAAGAAAAUCCGGUUACAUCCGUCGUCCUUUUAGAUGAAGUCGGAUUAGCGGAAACCAGUCCGCACAAUCCGUUGAAGGUGCUUCAUGCUUUACUAGAGCCACCUCUCGGUUCCAAAGAUGACGUGCCAGCCGUCUCUGUUAUUGGAAUCAGCAAUUGGCGGUUGGACAAUAGUAAAUCCAGCAGAGCAUUGCUAGUUCAACGUCCAUUGUUUGCAGAAAAUGAUCUGAUUGAUACCGCGAAGCGUUUGCUUGAUGGUACUAAACGUUUUGAUAACAUUAAUCUUUUUUUAAAGAAGCUUGCAGAUUCAUAUCUUCGUUACAUAAAGAAUCAACGAUUUGCCAAUUUUCAUGGGCUUCGAGAUUAUUAUUUUCUCAUCAAGAGCAUAAGAAGUAUGGGCAAGAAGGAUCGAAAGCCAAAUGUUCAACUAGCAUUAGCUCGAAAUUUCGGGGGAGCUGACAACAUGGAGGAGCUGUGUACCAUCUAUUUUCAAAAUGUUUUGAAGCCGGCCCAUGUAUCUAAAUUUAAUUAUACACCCAUACCCGUACAAGAACUUAUUAAUGCAAAUCUUGCAGAAAAAGAUGCUCGAAAUCUUAUGCUCAUAGGAAAUGGCAAUUCCAUUGUAACCUUUCAAACAUAUCAGCUUCGUCAACAAAAUAUUGAGCCAGUUGUGAUUAUCGGCUCCCAAUUCCCUGAUGAUAAGGACGGCGGGGAAUAUUCAUAUGCUACUCUUAAUCGCAUAAUGAUGUGCGUGGAAACGGGAAGGUGUUUGAUAUUGACGGACCUUGAAGUCAUUUACGGUUCUCUCUACGACUUAUUUAAUCAGAAUUUCAUAACGGACGAAAAUUCAGGUGAUAAAGGUGAUUCGGGUGACGAAAACAGUCAGAGGAAUUAUACCAGAAUUAGCCUUGGUCCAUACUCCAAUCCUAUGUUAUAUGUUCAUCCAAACUUUAGGUGCAUUUUAGUGUUGGAUGAGGCAAAGUUACCAUUGGCCGAUCCGCCUCUCCUAAAUCGCUUCGAAAAACAAAAGCUUACGCUUGAAGAAACGCUCACUGAACGCCAAGCAAUGAUUUUCAAUCGCCUAAAAGAGUGGACUUCCCAAAUUUCAUCUAUCUAUGAAUCGGGUGACGAAGACGCCAAAAGUCAUUUUAAAGAAAAAGACAUGUUUAUUGGAUUCACUUCGGAAGAGACAUUGCAAAGUUUAAUUAUAGAUCGAUGUGGAAAAAAUGCCGAUUCCGACGAUGACACAAUUGUUCUUUUAUGCAAGGAAUCUUUGAUUUCGAUUGCUACUUCUGACGGUAUAGUAAGAGCCGACAAAUCACUUUUGAAAGCUAUCGACGCCUCGGAAGUACAAAAAUGGCAGGAUGUCUAUUUUCAGAAUCAGCAACAUGGCGGUAUUCAGGAAUUCUAUCGCGCACAACCAAAGGAUAAUUUAAUCAGUCACCUGACAAUUAUAAAUACUUUUUCUAAUAUCAAUACUGAUAUCAAGUUACUCUUGAAAGGCAUUAUGAGUUGUCAAGUGGAUAAACUGUCAACCUUCAAGUCCGAAGCUGAACUACAGAAUCAAAUCAAACGUUUUUAUGAAUCCGAGCAUGAUUUAUAUAUUUUGCAAUGCGAUCUCUCAACUGUUAACGCGGGAUGUAUUAGACUUGCGAAGUUUAUCAUCGAGCAAUAUCAAAACGAAUCUGUGAAUAAGGAAUAUCAACAGAUUAAAAAUGUAUGCAUAAUUCUUCAUUUCAGUAGAAAUUUUGAUAAAGAUAGCGCAAAUUUAUUUAACUUCAUGUGCGGCUGGAAUCAAAUGACCAUUGAAAACUUGACAACGUCAGAAAAUUCGCUCUCACUAUUUCUUCACUCGACCAUCAGUGAAAUUCUUAACGAACAAUUGUUGUUUGAGAAAAUUUUGAGUCAGGAGUUGUUAUGGUGUUUGCUCUGUAUGAAGCAUCCCUCCUCAAAGAAGUCGGUUGAUCACAUAAGGGAAUUAAUACGUGACAUCCCAAAAAGCGCGAGAUUGGUUGAAUGUUUGAAAUUACGAACCGAAGAAUGGCUGCAAGCUAAUUCUUCGGAUCAAUGGCAUCUAGAUGUCGCCUUGGACCAAAAAUCAUUGACCUUGCAUUCCUCUUUUUCUGUGGCUUUAGAAACGCAUGUGCGCGCCUUGAUUCGAAAGCCUAUUGCCAAAUUACUCUAUAUUCUAGAACGAAAUCACUCAAUAACGCUCCUUUUUUCAUGGGACAACAACGCAGACGAAUCAGAUGAGAAUGAAUUAUUUAAAUUUUGGAAAGAAAUAUUCAUUAACAAAAAGAUUGUGAACAUUGACGAUAUGGUUAUGGAUCCUCGGCCAGACUUGUACAGUACCUCGGGAAAUUACUUGAAUCUUAAAUUUCCAUUCUCUUAUUACUUCAUGGAACAAAUUGAUCAAUACAAGAAACUCUAUUUCGAGGAGUUGGAUCUCAUAUAUGAAAACCCUGAAAAUCUAGGUGAAGAUGGAAAUUUGCGCCCGGAAGUCAAGGACGAAUUUCUCGAAAAAUUUUCCGAGGGCAUUCGAACAACGCUCACAGCAUUGACACCGGCAAUUUUAGAACUUGCUAGAAGCCUCUAUGUCGAAGAUUUCAUAACGGUCUCUUCCACAAAUGCGGGAUAUUCAAAAGAAUCCGAUAUAAAGCUAUUAUAUAUUCUUUUCAGUCGUUCAUGUGAUGCUGAUGCGUUAAACGAUCUAGUUAAACUACACAUAUUUUGGUGGACAAAUUCCGAUGCACUUAUUUCGGAACUUGAAUUGGUACGAAUGUGUUCUCCAAAUAUACUUGAAGAAAAUAAUAAUAUUGGUGACAAUGAUCUCUUUGGAAGUCACCUGAUAGAUCAAGUUGGUAAAAUGAUGCUUGAAAAGAUCAUUGAAUUAGGAAGCGAAACUGCAAACGAUAACAUGAAUAAUAAUAUACAGGAGUGGCAACGGCAAGUCGUCAACAUUCUAUCAUUCUGCGCAAAUAUAGAAACAUCCUCAGAAUCAAAAAUUCUACAAUUUUUGCGUAUAUGUAAUGACUUGGUAUCUAGUGAAGUAAUUAAAAUUUCAGACAUCGUUAAUGCUAUCAACCUUCUCCGAGAACCAGAUCCCGAUAGUUUUCUUUCCCAGGAAUUUGUCGAUCGUAUUUUAGAACUUUUUAUCGAAAUUCCGACCACUACAGAACGCAUGAUGACGUCACAUUGUUCAUUCUUUCGACGAUGUCUCGACAUCAUUUCGCCUAAUUCACCGGUGCGCUUUCACCUUUAUGAAAUACUUUUCGGACAAGAACCACAUCCCCUUUUUGGUUCCGUUUUAUCGCGCGUCUUGCUUAAAGAUAUCGAGGCGGAAUCGGAAAAUAUUCCUUUAAUAAUUCAAAACGCAACAGCUAUUUUACGUCGCUCCGCUCAUCUAAAUGCCAUCAACAAUACUCUUAAGGAUUAUCAGCUCGAUUCUCCGAUUUUCGCCUUAUGCUGUGAUGUAAUGCAAAGCGAUUUUUUUGCUUUCUAUUCAUUAAAGGAGUUGGUGAAUAGCUUUCAGGACGCAAUCAACAUCUUAUGCAGCACGAAUAUCGAACCUUUGCAAUUAAUAUUGGCCGUUUCCUCGCUCAAAGAACUGGUGAGCGUCCUUUGGAAAUCGGUAUCGAUCCACGAUGCCACGAGAGAACCCUUGGAGUUUGAUGUUGAAGAAGUUGAUAUUGACGACCUAAUUGAAAAUAUCAAUGGAAUAAUGGAACGUCAAUCAUUUCUAAUUCGUUCGUUAAAAUUAUAUUUCCUUCGUGAUUUAUACGCCAAGGGGCUUUCAUUACAUGAGAUUAAAUGUUUUAGUAAAGUGCAAUGUAGAACAUUCCCUUGGUUAAAUGAUUUAGAAUGGAGCGACGAAGACAAUCGAAUAGGUUUUGUGCCUUACCGUUUCUAUACCCAGUAUAAAGAAGCAGAGGAGGCAUUUGCACCACUAUACGCACGCGGGCAACAAACAAAAGCCAUGGAUUUUCUGAAUAAAGUUUUAACAGACUCAUCAGUACAUCAAAAAAUGUCUUUAAUGGGAACCAUUAUUUCUCAUCUCUAUGGUAUAUGUGCCUUGCGCGAACGAGGUCCACACGAAGAUACGGCAGUUCAAUUUCUACGUACUCAAUUGCCAAAUAUGCCAUUUGACAAUUUUUAUCGUGAAACAUUAUUAUCAUUUACCACGAAUACUCAUCUACUCUAUAGCAUUUCUCCGGAAACAAGUCAGACAGAGCUAUUAAUUCGAUCGGUUAUUGUCCACAUCAUUGCUCUCCACUCUUGCCUUUCCGCAGCUGAAUCUCCAUUAGCUGCAUACCUGCAAACACUCAAGGCAUGCAAGAAUACAUACAUUUUGACGUCCUGUGCGGAUGCUGACGCAAAUAUUCUUCUUGAAAUCGGAGAUGCGCUUGGUCAUUUUACACGCUAUGAAUGCGAAUGUGGUUUUAAGUACAUAGUUACCGAAUGUGGUGGCACACAGGAGCAGGGUAUUUGUCCACGGUGCAAAAGUCCCAUCGGAGGAAUCAAUUAUAAUGUUAAUCCGGGAAAUACGCGUAUCGAUGCUCAAGCAAUUCGUGGGAAUGAAGAGGCAAAUGCACCGCUAGGUUAUGUCUAUGAGUCGAUCGAAAGUAGAAAAGACGUCAACUAUCGUAUUCGUAAUAUGACAUCAGUAUCUUACCGCGUGCUGCAUCUUUUCGUGCAUGCGCUUAUCGCUGCUACCUCGCAAGAAGAUCGUUGGGACUUCUUCAACAAUCAACAAAAUCAAGAAAUAAAUCAAGAACCUUUGGAAUAUUGUAAACAGCAUAUUAAUAAUGAUUGGAACAUGUUAACAAAUUUAUUUAAUUGCAACGAUGAAACCUUGGCACUUGUGCUGCAUUCGAUUCUGACUUCCAUGGCCGAAAAUCAAAUUACAACAAUUGUUAGGUUGAACACAAUAGAGAAUCGACGACUUUGGGAACACGAAUUUACUCAUCGUUACAUCACUCCAAAAGUAAAUAAUGCCCAUGGCACUGCAACGGAAUUUCAAAGGCUAGUGAAAAAUGUUCAACAUAAGCUCGAAAGUGAAAUCAAUGAAACGUUAGAUGUCGACGAUGAGUAUCAGAACAAAUUUUAUCCUAGGAUUUGGAGACGAGUUGCUGAGACGAGCCUUGAAAAUUUACGGGCUUAUUGCGUAGGAUAUCAAAACUUUUCCACGGAAUUCCCCCUUUUGUCAUUAUUCUUCGAAUAUGAAGAUCAAUUACCAUUAUCAAAAAAUCUUGCGCCAAUUGUAAAGUUCGCGCGAAUACUUUCCUCAAAAUUGAGUUAUCGUUUGAAAAGGAAGGAUGCUCAUACCUUCACGUUCGCCCAAUUCCUUAGUAACGAAAGUCGACCUAUAGAAAAUCUUAAAGAAGCUUUUGAAAAUUUUGCUGGUGCUUGGAAUUCGGUUAGAUCCCACAUUACACGAUACGGAUGUCGAGAAUUUCCAACUCCAAUGCCUGAAAUGUCCGAAAAUCUUCCCGUGGUCUAUGCAUUGAUCGAGAUGAGAGAUGAAUCAUUAUAUAUAUGUGGAGCGAUUGAGCAUUUGGUAAAUUUGCAAAAUACAUUUUUGCAGCAGGUUUUAACCAUCAAACCCGGUUGUCCUUCACUAAGAUUUUUAGAACAGGAACAAUUUUCAAACAAUAAGGGUAAAAACCGCGCAUCCCCUAGUCAAUAUUAUAUAAAAUCCUUAUCACUUUCCGAAGCACGUGACAAAAAUAUAAUAAAUUAUGAAUGGGAUCCUCAAUUACUUUCCUAUAGUCAACGCGAUCUCAGGCUUGGUCAUGGACAAGAAAUUCGAUAUGAAUUAUGUAAAAUAGAGGCAGAAUUAGCAUAUUCUUUGAUUUUCGACAAAGUUCACUUGAAUAAAAGCAACGAAUUAUUCUGGCUAGACAUAUUCUCGUAUCAUCUAGAAUUAUUUUCAAACUCUCGAACAAUUCUUAGCGAAAUUAGAGAAUUGGUUCCUCAAGAAACCAUUUCUGCUGACAAGCCUAGAAUUUUCGAAAAUCCCACUGAACUCUUAUCAGAACUAGAGGUCUUACUUUGUUUUUUGAAACGAACUUCGGGUGGUGAUCGAGAAAUGGAAAUUACCGAUUAUCUUAAUAAAUGGAUGAAGCUAUCCGCAUUAACUGGGAAUGAUCAAUUCUCUAGGAUGGUUAACGGACUACGAUUGAAACAUGUGAUAUCAUUAUAUGAGCUAGUGGAAGAAAAGGUGGCAGAUGUAGAAAUUGAAUUCAUUGAUGAAAAAUAUAAGGCCAAGCUAUCGAAACAAUUACAGGAAGAAAUUAUGGCAGGAGUUGACUUUGAACAGUCACAUGGAUUUGGUGGAAGCAGUGUCAGGAAAUAUAAAAUUUCACACGCGGCAUUCACGACCGUAUUGAAGAGGUUCAUGUUUCGUUAUCUAUCGUCUGAAAUGUAUUCCGAGAAAGAAAAACUUGCCGACUAUUUAGCCGGUGAAACCAUGAUCGAUUGCUGGCAAGCCUGGGUCUCCGAAGAGGUUAUUCGUGAAAAUUUUCCAAAGUCUUUAUUAAUUGCCAAUACUUACGAUGCAUAUAAAUAUACAAUGAAACAAAUUCAGAAUAUGAAUAAAGCAAAUAAAAGUAGCAGCAGUAGCAAACCCAACGAGAGCACAACAAGAGCAAGACAUGGUACGAGUAAAGACAACGGACGAAGUGGAAGAGGUGGCGGAAGGGGUGGAAGGGGUGGAAGGGGUGGUGUAAGAGGCGGACGAGCAAAAGAG